AUGGUCUUCAAGUCGCCGUUCCCCGAGGUGCCGCCCCUGCCUGACCAGAACGUGCACGACUUCAUAUUCAACUCGGGGCGCACGCCGGAGACGGAUUAUGUCCUCCACAUCGACGGCCUGACGGGGGAGAAGAGGACGUUCUCCGAGUUCGUCGAGAGAGUGCGGACCGCUGCGACAGCGCUAUCCCAGCCCCGCCCCGAGGGUCCCGGGGUCGAUGGAGAGCGAGAGAUCGUAGGGAUCUUGAGCCAUAAUUCCCUGGACUACAUAACCCUCGUCCACUCGCUGUUGGUGCUCGCAGCUCCGAUUGCACUGUUGUCUGCCUAUGCCACCGCCUAUGAACUGGCCUACGCUAUACGCACCUCCAAGGCGACAUGCCUUUUCGUUGGACCUGACCUAUUGCCUGUCGCGCUGCAAGCAGCCCGGGAGGUCGGCCUGCCGGAAGACCGAAUAUACGUGCUGAGCGGGCAUGUCAAGGGGAAGAAGAGCUUAGCGGACUUCAUUCAUGAAACUCGGGAACGGCGGAUACCUAUGGUUCCCGUGAAGCCAGCAACGAAGGACACACUCGCGUACCUCAUAUUUUCCAGCGGCACAACGGGGUUACCCAAAGGCAUGUCUAACCUCACAGCUGUGAUGGUCACACACGGGAACAUCGCCUUUACAUAUCUGCAGAACGACAUAUGUCUCAAGGCUGCUGCUUUACCUACGUCACCAUCUCCUCCUGUCGGGUUGGCGUUCCUGCCCUUCUACCAUACAUAUGGCCUCCACAUGAUCUGCCUGCGCGGGCUCUGGUGGCCCGUGACAUACGUCGUGAUCCCGAAAUGGGACGCCGAUUUCGUUCUGAGACUCAUACCGAAAUACCGCGUGAACAUCCUCUACAUGAUCCCCUCAGCGCUGCACCAGCUCGCAUACCAUAAGAAGCUGCGGGCGGAGGACUUCGCCACCGUCAUGUCCAUAAUCUCCGGCGCCGCACACCUGCCUCCUAUGCUCGCGGAGUUCUUCAAGAAGGCGAUCAGGGCAGGCCCCGAGUUUGCUUUUGCCGAAGGUUUCGGCAUGUCUGAAGUGACGAUCAGCGCAACGCGCCAACCAGGACCCAAUAUGUUCGGCGGUCGAAUACCUGCCGUGCUCGGCUCAGCAGGCGUCCUGCAGCCUGGUAUGGAGGGUAAGAUCGUGAAUGAAGAUGGGAGCGAGGCAGGUGUGAACAAGCCCGGCGAGCUCUGGCUGAGAGGAGGGAAUGUCGUGCCUGGUUAUUGGCAGAAUGAGGAAGCGACGAGGAAGACGUUCUCGGACGGCUGGCUCAAGACGGGUGACCAGUUCAGGGUGGAUGAGCUUGGCAGGUUAUACUUCCUUGAACGAGCGAAGGAUACCAUGAAAGUCUCAGGUUCACAGGUCGCACCCACAGAGAUCGAGGCACUCCUCAUGGCUCACCCAGAGAGCCUCCUCGUAGACGCAUGUGUCGCCGGUGUGUCUGGUGGGCGGACAUCAGACGAGAAGAUCCCGCGCGCAUGGGUAGUCCUCAGCGAUAAUGGUCGUAGGAUCGGAAGCCGUGAGGUCAUCCAGAGGCUGGAAGAGUGGACGAAGAAGAACUUGAGCAAGUACAAGUGGCUGAGAGGAGGGAUCGAUACUGUCGAUGAGAUACCAAAGUCACCCACAGGGAAGGUACUCCGACGUGCGCUGCAGGACCGCCACGAGAACGAGCUGCGCAACCCUCGUGCAAGGUUGUGA